AUUAGGAAGCAGCCCUCUGGCAUUCAGUGGCUUGCUUGCUUUCUACUGGCCGGCACCAGGCUGUUCCCGGUUGGACUGGUAUUCUGAGUGUUGCAUUAUCUGCACGACAUCAAAAAUACAGCCCUGUGCUGUAACAUUUUACCAGGACAAGAUCCCAACUUCUAGUACCCAUGGCAGAGAAUUCAAAAUUUGAUGAAACACCACGCAUAACUGUUGACUACAUGAGAGGAAUUCUUCUACCCACAGCCACCUGUGACGCCUGGGAUCUGAUCUGGAACUUCCAAGCCAAGCCUGAUGACCUGCUGAUUUCUACCUAUCCUAAAGCAGGAACAACAUGGACUCAGGAGAUAGUGGACCUAAUACAAAAUGAAGGUGACGUUGAGAUGAGUAAACGAGCACCCACUCAUAUACGGUUUCCUGUCAUCGAGUGGAUAAUGCCUUCCGUAGGAUCUGGUUUGGAACAAGCUAAUGCAAUGCCCUCACCACGGAACCUGAAAACACAUCUUCCCAUCGAGUUGCUGCCACCAUCCUUCCUAGAGAACAACUGUAAGAUCAUCUAUGUGGCAAGGAAUGCCAAGGACAUUGUGGUAUCCUAUUAUCAUUUCCAUAGAAUGACUAAAGGACUUCCUGAUCCAGGAACAUGGGAAGAAUACUUUGAGAAUUUCCUGGCUGGGAAAGUGUGCUGGGGCUCCUGGCAUGACCAUGUGAAAGGAUGGUGGAAAGCCAAAGACCAACACAACAUUCUCUACCUCUUCUACGAAGAAAUGAAGAAGAAUCCAAAGCAGGAAAUUCAGAAGCUGGCAGAAUUUAUUGGGAAGAAACUAGAUGACAAAGUUCUAGAUACAAUUGUCCAUCACACCUCAUUCGAUGUCAUGAAGCAGAAUCCAAUGGCAAACUAUUCAUCAAUUCCUACUAAAUUUAUGAACCACGCCAUUUCUCCAUUCAUGAGAAAAGGGACAGUGGGAGACUGGAAGCACCACUUCACUGUGGCCCAGAAUGAGAGGUUCAAUGAAGACUACAAGAAGAAAAUGGCUGACACCAGCCUCGCUUUCCACUUCCAAUUCUACACAGGCCAAGUCAGAAGUAGGUCUGAACGAGCCAAGACCGGGACAGCCAAGGAACGCUACACCAGAACACAGGAGGCCCAUGGAGGGCAGCCAGGUCCCUUCCAGAGAUAUUCUGCGCUCCUAGAUUGCUUAGCCAGUGCUGGGAGGACCAGCCCGAGGGAUCUCUGAAAUGCCUCUGAGGUCAGUCUCCCAUUGCCUUGAUUCCCUCCUGUUCACUUGUCUACUUGGUAACUGCCACUUGGCCACAUCCCUGCUUUGCUCCCCUGAACACACCUUUUCAUGUUUUACGUGGCCAGGCUGCAAAAUUUCCAAAUCUUCCCAUUCUACUGCUCUUUUAAUUAAAAAUUCCUUCCUAAGUCAGUUCUUCCCACUUGCAUCUCACUGUGUGUGGUUCAAAGUAGUCAACUGGUAGACUGAAGGCUUUGUUGCUUAGAUAAUUCUCUUACCAGAUGCCAUAGUUCAUCAGUUUAGUGCUCUGCAUUCCACAAGGUCCAAGGACAUGGACAAAAUUCUGCCAAGAUCUUUGCAACAAGGAUGGGCUUUACUUCAAUUUCCAAUACUUCAUUCCUCAGUUCCACCUGAGAGCUCAUCAGAAUGGCCUAUGCUGUCCAUGAUCGUGGUCACUCAUGUAAUCCUUAAGGACUUCCAGUCUUUCCCCAUAGCUCUUUUCUUCCACUAAGCUGUCACCAGAAUGAUACUUAAUGCAGCAGUGUGGUCACCUAGGCUUGUUCUACUCUGAUCUUCCAAAUUCUUCCAGUCGCUACCCAUUACCCACUCCAAAGUUUCUUCCACAUAGAGGGUAUUGGUUAAACUAGUGCCACUUCUGGUACCAAUU